AUGCAAAAUUCGGCUUCUUCACCUUCUGUACCGUUUGAAGGAGCCUGGAUUAUGGAAGAAUGUGAACCAACUUCAAUUGAUUCUUCCACUGGGAUACAAACAUUAUUGGAAGCAGUUAGUCCAACAGCAGUGCAGAGAUUUCCGAGCAGUAGUGAUGUUCCGGCGGAGUAUUCAGUUUCUUUGUUUGGAACGGCACCAUGA